AUGGCGUCCUCCACCUCACCGCAAGACGUCACCAUGUCACAAUCCACACCACAUCCGCCCGUAGAUGACGAACCCAAGUACGGCGGCUUUUCCCGCUUUGAGAUUGAACUCGAGUUCGUCCAAUCCCUCGCGAACCCGCAUUACCUCAACCACCUCGCAUCGCAGAAACUGCUUGCAGAGCCUGCCUUCGUCGCUUACCUGUCGUAUCUGCGCUACUGGACCAAGCCGCCAUACUCAAAGUACCUGACGUACCCCGGGCCAACGCUCAAGCACCUCGAGCUGCUGCAGCAGGAGCGCUUCAGGCAGGAUAUCAUCAGUCCAGACUUAGUGUUUGCGCUGGUUGCAGAGGAUAUCAAGGCUAGUUUGGAGUGGCAUAAGGAUUCGUGA